AUGGGCCAGUCGUCAAGUGCGGUCAAGAUCACGCCGCAGGACCGGUCGAUACUUGAUCUAAAGCUACAGAGGGACAAGUUGAAGCAGUACCAGAGACGGAUAGAAGUCGUCCUCGCCCGGGAGCGCGAGAUAGCAGCCGAAUCGCUCAAGACAGGCAACAAGCAGCGGGCUCUGACCGCCCUGCGGCAGAAAAAGUACCAGGAGACGCUGUUGUCGCAGACGGAUGCGCAGCUCGAGACCUUGCAGAAACUCGUCCAGUCGAUCGAAUUCUCGCUUGUCGAGAAAGACGUCCUGUUCGGCCUCAAGCAAGGAAACGAUGUCCUCAAGCAGCUCAACAAGGAGAUGGAUCUUGCGACGGUGGAGAAGCUGAUGGAUGACACGCGGGAAGGGAUCGCGUACCAGGAGGAAGUCAGCGCGUUGCUGUCAAGCCGGAUGUCGGCGCAGGACGAGGAGGACGUGCAGGCGGAACUCGCUGCGUUGCAGGCCGAACAGACCGGUACCAAGCUACCCGAAGCGCCUACCCACGCUCUUCCCGAAGUCGAACGACCAGCCGUCCACAUCCCAUCCGAGGCAGAAGCACGACCAGAAGAGCGACAAGCCGAGGGGAGACAGGCUAUCGCGGCUUGA